UGUUGCAUCUACACAUCCCAAUGGAGGCAGAAGUUCGUUCCCUUUUUAGUUAAUUUGCAGCAUGCAUCGCUUCAGGUCUGUUACUUUUCUGCUGCUGCUGCUGCUAUUGUUGCUACUGUUGCAGGGACACACGUAUCCCCACAGGCAUCCUGGCUUCACACAGCGUCUGCAGAUAAAUCCACUCUGCCUGGAACUCCAGCAGAGGACAACACCAGCAAUAAUCUUCUCCCCCGUGGAGGAGGUCACCACAGAGGCAGAGAUUAAUCGUUUGGGGGAGCAGCCGAGGCAGCAGAAGUUCCCCUUGUGAUUGUGAGGUUCCCCUCGAUGCCAGGCGCCAGGGGUUA